AUGAAAGAAUUCAUCAAGAAGAAAGUAGAAGAGUCUGAGCCAGGUUUUGUGGUACCCCCUAAGAGUACAAUAGAAGUAAUAGAUAAGGAGUCACUAUUCAACAACUUGAUAGAUCCAACUGAGAUAAAUGCGGAUGAAGAAUGUUCAUAUAAAGGAGUUUUGUGUCCUCCGUUUUAUUGCGACCCAUUGGAGUUGUUUGAAGAAACAGAUGAGCACGCACUAGACAUGUUUAUGAACCUUAAUGUUACUGCUGUUCCAAUGGAAAUAAGAACCAACACAGGGUACAUAGCAAUGGAAGAGCUUAUUCACCAUUAUUCUACAUCUGGAAUAAAAAACAAAAGGUUCGGUUUUAUGGAUGUAAGAAAAAGCGGACAAAACCAAGACAUUACAGAACACAUCAGGGAAUCAUUAAUGAUAGGGAAAAAAGGGAGGAUACAUAAUUUUUAUGCUGAAAAUGUUAUUCAGGAAGAGAGACCUCCCAUUGAGUUGAAAAAAUACCCACACUGGUUUGAGACCCUGUAUGAAGACUUGAGCAAUCCAAUAGGUGUUGAAGGCACAUCUAUAAAUUUUUCUGUUCCCCAGAAUCAUAAAACACCCCGGUCUCCAGAAAAAGAGACUGUCUCCGUGGAGACUGAUACAGCCCCCCCGAUAAAGGAGGGGGACAACGAAGAAUCUCCUAAAUCAAGGAAAGAUUCUGAGGAAUCUCCUGAAUCAAAGAAAGAUUCUGAGGAACUCGACAAAUCGGUAGCUAGUUCACCGUCUCUGUCUAAUAAACCUCCUACCGCAAACCCAACAGUCGUACUUACCCCCCCUUCAGCCUCAAAUAAUAGUGUGUCACAACAACAGAGGAUAUGGAAAAAGAACAACGAAUAUGACUCUGAUGAUGCAUUUCAAAUUCCAACAGUUAGUGAUGAAGAUAAUUCAGAAUAUGAAGACGACGAAGACAAAGCGUUUGAAGCAGAACAUUAUCAUUUGUUAAAAUUUAGGUAUUUAGUAUUAGAAGGACUAAUAAAUGCUCCUCGAUUUCAAGAUCAUUUUGUAAGAAAAUGGGAAAUGCCAAAACCAAACAAACUUUUUGAUAUAAUAGACACUACCGAACGGAAACUCAUAGAAGUGAAGACAACAGUGAAUGUCCCCAGAGUGAUAACAGAAUUCAUGAAUGAAAGAACAACCAUCCAAUCUGACCAUGUAUCACUCAUAGUCGUUGACUUAAAUAACUUUUCAAUACACACACACACACCUCAAAAAAGACAAGAUGCCAGGAGAAGCAAAAGCUACAGGUUUCCUAACAUUGAGAAGAGCUGUUAUGAAGACAUACAAUCUUGA